AUGAAUCUCUCGUUCGAACCUUACCUCCUUAUGCUGCUACACAGAAAACGCGAGGACCUGAUAAAACAGAUCCAACGCCAAGCUACAGAGAUUCAACGCCUCAUUGAGGACCUCGAAGCCUCCAACACCCCCCAGCGCUCAGAGGCGACCUCGCCCUCUGCCUCACAGGCCCCGAUCUCCCCAAAUUCGUCGCCCUUCCGCUCACCCUCCUCCGGCACCUACCCCGAUUCGGAAGAGCGCCUGCGAGUGAUUCAUCUGGACAUCCAGGAAUGGAUCGACACUGCUAGGGAGAAUACCGCUAAGUUUAAUCGGGUGAUCGAGCUCGUUCAGCUGGAGUAG